CCUCCUCUUCCAGAUCUCUGUAUAAAAUUUUUGAGUUUCCCUCCAAUUUGAAUUUUCCACUUCCACUGAAAUUUUGGUUAGAUCAAUCUUUUGAAAGUCGGCGCCUCAAUCUCCUUUCUCAACCUCGCUUCCAUUUUUCGACUGCAAAUUCACCGUUUUCAGAUCUUCUUUCUCAUCCCUAAUCAUCGUCCAUACUCAAUCCUCCGUUUCCUCCAUAGCUUUGGUCUUUGGAAUUCAAGAAUUCCUGCAUGUAGCCGCUCAACAGACUUCCGGAAGGACCUCAAUCAUUCCCCCUUCCAUUUCCAAUAUUUUUAUCUGGUGUAGAAUUUAGAAGAUACCUGCAAAAUCAGAUCGACGUUACCGUAAUCGAAGUUCCAGCAAAACGUUUAACUGUAGAAGUAGGUGGUGUGAGUUGAAAAUAUAUCACGCUGGAAUUUUGGGCAUUUUCUUCUAGAGGCAUUGAACAUUGGAGCAACGUGUUGAAUACCCUCAGAAAUGACAAAUUAUUACGAUAUUGAUGACAUUUUGGCGGAGGAAGAGCUUGUUUCUGUUGUGUUCCAAAAGGGAGUUAAUGGAGUUGGAAUUGAUCCCAGUUCGGAAACAGAUUCUGUUGAAUCUGGCUCCAAAGUAGAGCUACCCUUCUGGCUUGGGCAAGAGCUACAUCUUAGACAAGUGGUGGCUAUGGGCUUGCCUGCCUGUUUUAAUCAAAGAACACGACUGGAAAUUCAAGCUGAUGCUGCAUUUGUUGAUCUACGAUCUAGAUGUCCAUACUUCUAUGAAUUUGGAUGCAAGAUUGCCCCACUGGUUGGUGAUAGAACAAUCGGUUCUUGGCUUUUGUCCACGUUCAAAAUUAGGUACAAGGAAGUACUUACCAAGGCUCACUCCGCAAUAUUUGCUGCAAGUUCCAAAUACUUAGCACUUCUAUCAAAAGAAGAAACUGAAAUGUAUGAGGCAGCUCAAUCCUCAAUGACAGCCUUUAAGAAAUGGAGGAUGGGUGGACCCAGAUUUCAGAAAGCAUCCUUUCUUGGGAGGAAGAGGAAGUCAUCUGAAUAGGGACUAUUCCUAACUUAAAUGUAUUCUAUUUUGACUAUUAGUUGCAUAAUCAUAGAAAUUAGUGUAGAAGUUUGCAUGCCCCUUCCUGGAAAGUAGGUAAUUUAUUCAUAAUUCUUUUAAUAAUCCAUGAUUGCCAUCUUAACGUUUCAUCUACAUUCUUUUUAGUCAUUUCUUUUUCUCAUUUAUAUUUAGGAUUUAAUAUCCUACGAGUUAUCUAGACAAUCAAAUAUAGUAGUGUCAGGCAGUUGUAGGAGAUUAGUCUAGGCGUGUGCAA